ACCGUAUCUACGCACAAGUAUGGCGGCCUAAGAGUUGUGACAACUGUUUUGAUGGUGUAAAGAAUCGUUUUUUCCAUUUCUAAAACAUCCUUUCGUCGGAAUUCGUAUUUAUUUGAACUAAUAACCACAUUGCGACUCAGACCAUCAUGCCGUCCGCUUGUGACUCUCUGAUUGAAGACAUCGAGGACAUGGUGUCUUCUAGCGAUCCCACACCUCACGAGAGGCAGUCUGCAAGAAAGAGUAUCAUACCGAGGUCCAGGAAGAAAAAAGAGCUGAACCACGAGGAGCUCCAUGCUGACAGUUUGAUACCUGGCACUCAAAAAAUCUGGAUGAAAACGUGGGGCUGCAGUCAUAACAACUCAGAUGGUGAAUACAUGGCCGGACAGCUAGCUGCCAGUGGAUACAAGAUGACGGAUGACCCAACAGAAGCAGACCUGUGGUUACUCAACAGCUGUACUGUGAAAAAUCCUGCAGAGGACCACUUCAGAAACUCAAUCAAAAAAGCCCAGGAUCAGCAGAAAAAGGUGGUAGUAGCAGGUUGUGUUCCUCAAGCCCAGCCGCGGAUGGACUACCUCAAAGGACUCAGCAUCAUUGGGGUCCAACAGAUUGAUCGAGUGGUGGAAGUAGUGGAUGAGGCUGUUAAAGGUCAUUCAGUUCGUCUGUUGGGUCAGAAGAAAGAUGGAGGCCGAAGGCUCGGAGGAGCCAGACUGGACCUGCCCAAGAUCAGGAAGAACCCUCUCAUUGAAAUCAUUUCAAUUAACACUGGGUGUCUGAAUGCAUGUACCUACUGUAAGACUAAGCAUGCCAGAGGAGACCUGGCCAGCUAUCCCAUCGAGGAGCUAGCUGAGAGAGCCAGGCAGUCUUUCCAGGAGGGAGUGUGUGAGAUCUGGUUGACCAGUGAGGACACAGGAGCUUAUGGUAGAGACAUAGGGACAGACCUGCCCACAUUGCUCUGGAGAUUGGUGGAGGAAAUUCCUGAAGGGGCCAUGCUGAGGCUGGGUAUGACCAACCCACCAUAUAUCCUGGAACACCUAGAGGAGAUGGCUAAGAUAUUGAAUCAUCCACGUGUCUAUGCCUUCCUCCAUGUUCCUGUGCAGUCGGCCUCAGACAGCGUCCUGAUGGACAUGAAAAGAGAGUACUGCAUCGAUGACUUCAGAAGAGUGGUGGACUUCCUCAAAGAGAAGGUCCCAGGUGUAACCAUAGCUACAGAUAUAAUCUGUGGUUUUCCUGGAGAGACAGAAGAAGACUUCCAAGAGACAGUAGACUUGGUGAAACUCUACCGAUUCCCAAGUCUCUUCAUCAACCAGUUCUACCCCAGACCCGGUACACCUGCCGCAAAGAUGCAGCAAGUACCAGCACAUGUGAAGAAGCAGAGGACUAAAGAGCUGUCACAACUCUUCCACUCUUACAACCCCUAUGACCAUAAGGUAGGGGAGAGGCAACAUGUGUUGGUGACCGAGGAGUCAUUUGAUGCCCAAUACUACGUGGCUCACAACAAAUUCUACGAACAGGUGCUGGUACCUAAGAGGGCUGAGUUCAAAGGGAAGAUGAUUGAGGUGGACAUCUACGAGGCAGGAAAACACUUCCUGAAAGGCCGACCAGUAGAAGACAGUAAGCCCUUCACUCCCUCCCUUGCUGCGCCCCUUCAGAAGGGAGAGGUGUCUGGCCUGAUGCAGGAACAGAUGGCUAAUGGUGUCCAAGGUCCUGCUUCUAUGACGUCUUCGUCUGGUUUGUUGACUGGCUCUUAUAGUCUGGAUGGGGAAGGACUGAAGAAGCUGGGAAUUGGGCUUGUUCUGGCAGCAGCCAUCCUGGCCUUCAUCAUGGAGAAACUGUACUGAUGGAGCAACUGCAACCUAGAAGAAGAAAAGGCAGGGGACAGUGACAUCAUAGGAGCCUAAACAGUGUCUUUUAAGUUGGUGAAUACAGAGAUAAAACUGUCUCCUUAGAUCACAUGCUGUCAUCCCAUUUUAAAUGAACCCAAAGAAUAAAAAAGGUCAGUGACACCUACAAA